AUGCGAGAAGGCGCCGGCAUCGACGCACUGUUCAAACUGGCCUUCUAUGCGGACCUCAUCGUCCUCCCCGACAGCGUCAGCUCAAGAAGUCAAGUCAUCGACCAAAGUAGAGAAGGAAUCAAAAGUUUACAAUAUGUCAUUGGACUCGUCGAAGAUGCGGAGAAGAUUGCACUAAAAGCCGAAAUACCUCCACUCCGUCCGCAUACCGCCUCAAGGGCUAACAAUAGGAGAGGUAUUCUGAGUCGAGAAGCAGGACGUAUCGACGCGAGGAACAGCUUUCCUACGCCAGUCCCGUGGCUUCGUCGACUUGGGUUCAUACAUAUCGCAUUCGAUCGGAUGGUCAACCACGCUAAAGCCGUCAUCACACCCGAUAUUAUAUAUUGGUAUGCUCUAUUUGAAGCUAACCGCAAAGAGCUUGACAAGGACAGAGUUAUGCUAGGGAGAAGGUAG